CGCGCGAGUGGCAGUGAGAGGAGACGGGAUAGGUUGUGCGUUCAUACACAGGACGGUUCUGCGAUGAAGCGUGCCGCGUUGCUCACUUGGUUAGUCGCGUUACGGGUUUCUAUGACCUCUGGAGCUUUAGACGCACCAGGAGGACCACGGAAGCUGCCGAGAGUGGCUGCGGACACGUACAAGGUGUUUUCCAGCUUUCCGUACGCCGUUGCCAUCUCGGGCUCGCCAAAUGCCCCUGAUCUUGUUUGCCUGGCUGCCAGGCAACUGGAGAUCGACCCCGAUGCAAAGACUACCACAUAUCUCUGGCUGUUUCCAUCGUUGGGCCAAGCAAUUCCAUUCAAGGUGAAAGCAGCAGAAAAACCAGGAACGAUGACGUUCACAGUAGGAGAAGAUAUGACUCCACAAGAGGGCAUAAUUUACUACACAGAUUACAAGACAUGUGCUGUUGCAGACUUGGAGUAUGAUGGACACGUCUGUCUACUGUGGACAAGCAGAGAAGUAAAGGACUCAGUGCCUCAAGAAUGCAUCAACUAUUUUGAAGAUACCUGUGGUUUCACAGUUGACCAGCACAGCAGAGACCUCUGCCAUGAUGGAGAAGGCGACUAUUAAUUAAUAUAGAAGACAUACGUAGGUAUAAAAUCAAUAAAUGAAGCACAACUCUA